CGUUGGCCUCAUGAUUUUUGGGUAAUUUUCUGAAAUUGUUACCUCAAUAUGACGUCUAGUUUGUGAGGGAAAAAAAAUCAUGCCAAAAUACUAGAAAUAGGCAAUCUAAAAUCUUGCAGGAAUAAAGGAAUAUUUCAUGGGGGGAAGCAGCAGAUUUGCUAAUAAUGGGGAAAGCCGUUGAUUUAAUUUUUAAUUUUUAAAGAAAUUUGAUACAUUUUUACCCAACUCCUCUUCUGUUUCAUCAUUUUCCAGCCCUUUCCAGUUUGAUUUUGUUCCCCAUUUUCAUUCUCCCUGCCAAGAGACAAAAUCAUCAGCCAUGGGUUCUCUUCUCAUGGACCCUGAAGAUAUUGUCACCUUGGCAGGAAUUGGGUUAGCCAGAAAUAUUACCACAAUCUGCUUAAACAUGGAUAGGGUUAAUUCACCAGGUAUAUUUCACGCUGCAGAUCCUCUGUCUUUCCCUUUCCCUCUUCUUCUAAUACAAUUAGCUCUAGCUUGUGGAACCUUUCUUCUCCUUUCAGCACUUCUCAGGCCUCUUGGCCUACCCAUUGUCGUCAGGCAACUCUUAGGUGGCAUAAUAUUAGGUCCAACACUUCUAUGCAGGAGCCCUCAGUUAGCAAAUAUUUUUUUUCCUUUGAGAGGAAUAAUACUGAUGGAUGUAGUAUCUUCCUUUGGGUUCAUUCUUUACUUCUUCCUCCUUGGAGUUCAAACGGAUCCAUGGUUGUUUAAAAACGUUGACAGAAAAGCUAUUAGACUUGGAAUUUUUGCUGUGGCCGUGCCUAUGGUAAUAAGCACUGUCUCAUGUUUUUUCAUCAUGUCCCAUGUCAAUGUAGACAAAAACAUAGCUGGGUCACUUCCCAUAAUUGCUCAAGCUGAGUCUGUGCUUUCCUUCCCAAUUAUUGCUCAAUUCUUGGAAGAGCUCAAGAUUAUAAAUUCAGAAUUUGGCAGAGUAGCAUUAUCUUCUUCAUUUGUAGCUGGGCUGUGCAGUCUCAGUGUGAUAACAACUACAAUGCUAUUGCAACAAUCACCUGAUGACAAUUAUGAAGCAUUUCAGACCCUAACUAAUGCUGUUGUCCUUCUACUUGUUAUUAUUUUUGUGAUGCGACCAAUAAUUAUGUGGAUGAUCAAGCGGAAUCCAGAGGGAGAGCCACUCAAAGAAAGCUAUGUCAUUUGGAUUCUUUUAGCAGUCUUUCUCACCGGCUUCCUUAGCCAAGCACUUGGUUUGCAUACUUAUUUUGGACCUCUUGCUUUUGGGAUUACUCUACCUGCAGGGCCUCCUAUUGGUUCAGCCCUAGUUGAUAAGCUUGAUCUCCUCGCCAAUUGGAUAUUUAUGCCCCUCUACCUUGUGAAAAAUGGGUUGGUUAUCAAUGUCUUCAGUGUGAAAUUAGAGAACUAUCUGAUAGUGCAAUCCAUUGCCCUCAUCAGUUCAUUUGGCAAGUUUCUGGGAACUUUUUUAGCAUCCAGCUACAGCAAAAUACCUCUCAGGGAUGCUGCUUCACUAGGCCUUGUCAUGAAUGCCCAAGGUGUGCUUGAGCUUGGCAUGUUUAAGAUGAUGAAAAAAAACAAGGCAAUAGACAAUGAGGCUUUUGUGAUCAUGUCUGUAUCCAUGAUGCUUGUAACAGGAGCUAUCACACCAAUCAUUAAAUACUUGUAUGAUCCUUCAAGAAGGUAUGCUGUUUACAGAAGAAGAACUGUGAUGAACUUAAAACCCAAUUUUGAACUCCGGGUGCUCAUAUGUAUUCAUGAAGACGAAAAUGUUCCCGCUGUCAUCAAACUCCUUGAGGUCUUAAAUCCCACAAAAUGUAGCCCUUUGUGUGUUUAUCUCCUCCACCUCCUUGAGAUUGUUGGCCGUGCAAACCCCCUCCUCAUCUCCCACAACUUGAGCAAGAGGCCCUCUAAGAAGGUCAAGAAGUCAGAACAAGUAAUCAAUGCCUUCAGACACUUAACGGAUAGCAACCAUGGUCUCAUUACACUUUACCCUUAUACUGCAAUUUGUCCAUCUAAAACAAUGCAUGAUGAUGUGUGCAGACUCGCACUAGAUAAAAGGACUUGCCUUAUUAUAGUUCCUUUCCACAAGAGAUUCCAAGGGAGUGAUGGGGCGAAUUCCCACAAAAGGGCCAUUAAGAUAACAAAUAAAAAUGUCCUUGAGAAGGCACCAUGCUCUACUGCAAUCCUUGUUGAUCGUGGGUUUGUGAAUGCUCGAAGGACUAGCUUGAAUAGCCAGUCUACUUAUCACAGCCAGUCUUCAUAUAGCGUUGCUUUGCUCUUCUUGGGCGGACCUGAUGAUAGGGAGGCACUGGCAAUAGGGGCACGGAUGGCUGGACAUCACAGCAUCAACCUGACAAUGAUACGGCUCCUUGAGUAUGGAAGUAUUACCAAUGAUAAUGCCAGAAGGAGGCUUGAUAAUGAAGUGGUUAGUGAGUUUAGAACGGCAACGGCAGGAAAUUAUAGGGUAAAGUAUAUAGAGGAGGUGGUGAUGGAUGGGACAGGGACUACUUCAGUGAUUAGAUCAAUGGAAAACCACUUUGAACUUGUCAUAGUAGGAAGGCAUCAUGAUAACAAAUCACCAAUCGUAUCAGGGCUUGCGGAUUGGAAUGAUUACAAAGAGUUGGGAACAAUCGGUGAUUUGUUGGUUUCAUCACAGUUCAUGGACAAAACUACAAUCUUGGUGGUGCAGCAACACAAUAAUGUCAUAAAUGAAGGUUGUGAGAUUGAUAGAACUGUACCAGAUUUUGAAGCAGAAGAUCUGCCAAUUUUUAGGAGAGUGACAUGGUAGUUGCAAGCUUAAUAAAGAGAAUUAGGGAAAAAAUAUAGAAAUUCUCAGACUGAAUUUCAAAUUAGUCUGAUGUUAGUUACCUUCUGAUAUAUGACAUGUAGAUGACUGAUUUUGAGAAUUUUAUCCUUAGCUUUAUGAAAACCAGUGGGGAAGAAACAAAGAACAGUAGCAUUGCCAAAUGUAGCCAGCCACCAUUGCCCAUUCUGAGGAGCCAAAUUUUGCAUCUCAAGCUUAGCCACCAUCAAUGUAUGACUUUCUGCAAACACGCUUCCAAGAAUCAUCAUUGUUCACACAUUGAUUUAAGCAAGCAUAAAAUAGAUUCAGGUUUCAAAGAAGAAGAAAGGAAGGCCAAAAGCUCUGUAAUUAUGACUUGCAACGUUGAAGGUGAGGUAUCUUUGGAACCUUCAUCAGCAUAAGCUAAACAUUUCAGCAAAACAACUUGGGAAUCUGAAUAUCCUAUGUCAUAGGCAAGUCCACAAAGCAACUCAAAACCUACAAGAAAUUGACCUCCAUGGCCAUGUGUACAAUACAUCAGUUAAACAAGAACAAACAUGGUAAAGGCUUCAACAAACAACAAUCUAACAACAGUGAUUGAAAAACAAUAUCACUUUUGAGCCAGCAACUUAGAGAAUGUUAAUGAUGCUUCAUUGUGGGGAUCCUGGGGAGAGGAUUAUUGAAUUUAGGCAAGGAAUGGUAUUCAUUGUUGUACAGGAAGAGUCCCUUUGGGGACAUCCGAUUAAAUUGUUGUAUAGGAAGAAGUAUAUACUAAAUUUUCUAGGUAAAAUUUUAAUUUUAAAUAUUUUUGAGGGGGAACAACGUGGUUCCGCCCCCUGCUUGUCAUGUCUUAGACAAUUAAUAUUAAACACCAUGAUAACAAG